CUCGACAGCCCAACCACGAGCUUUUCGUCAUCAUUCAACAUCGCUUUAUCAAACAGUCCUACCAAGCAUUGCGAAUUUCCGAGAGAAUUUUUGCUUUUUCUCUUCGAAUCCUCUAGCUUUUCGAACCCAAACACUUUGAAAAAGCAUGGCCCACCCCGGAAUCCUCCACCACUAUUUCCCACCCAGACUAUCCGCCUUCGAGCACAUCCCCUCCUCUCCCUCUCCCACUCCCACUCAUGACGCGCGACCGCAAAACCUCAUCCUCUUCAUCGGCGGACUCUCCGACGGCCUGCUCACAGUAACCUACCCCUCUCUCAUCGCCGCCUCGCUCCCUCCAACCUGGCGCCUCGCAGAAGUCCUCCUGAGUUCCUCGUACGAAGGCUGGCGGACCGGUAGCUUGGCUCGGGAUGCGCGCGAGCUCGGCGAGGCGGUUAAGUACUUCAGGAAGAGGAUGAGAGAGCAGGGAAACGGGAUCGGGGAAGGGGAAGGGAAGAUAGUCCUCAUGGGACACUCGACGGGAUGUCAGGAUAUCAUGGAGUACCUCGUCGGACCCUUGAACGCAGCUGCAGCAGCAAAGCACGCCGACGAACACCACGACGACAAUGAAAAGGAGACGACGACCCCCCACGUCGACGCCGUCAUCCUGCAAGGCGGCGUCUCAGACCGCGAAGCCCACUUCUCCGCCCUCCUCUCCUCGCCUUCCGUCGGCGGGGACCCCGUCCUCGCGCAGCGGAAAUACGACGACCUCGUCUCCAAAGCGCAAGCCAUGACGUCCGACGGCAGAGGCAACGAGUGCAUGAGUCGCGAGGGCCACUUCAUCCUCGCCGACGAGGACGAAAACCAAAUCACCGCGUACCGCACGUACAGCCUCCUGCAACCGGGUGGCGAUGACGAUUACUUCUCCUCGGAUCUUUCUGAUGAGGUGCUGGGGCUUACGUUUGGGGCUCUGCCGCGUAGGGCGGGGAGGGUCAUGUUUUUAUUGGGAAGUAGGGAUCCGUACGUCCCGAGCUGGGUUGAUAGGGAGGGGUUGUUAAGGAGGUGGACGGAGGUGGUGAGGGGCGCUGGCGGGGAUGUGGAUACGGUGAAUGGGGGUGUGGUUCCGGGGGCCGCGCAUAAUUUGAAUGAUGAUGAGGAGGUGGUAAGGAGGGAUUUGGUGCAGAGGGUUGUGCGGUUCGUUGAGGGGUUGGGGGAGAGCAGUGAGUAGAUGCAUCUGACGGCUAUGGGAUGGCUUUGGAACUGCAUGGGAUUCGUUUUCUUUUAUCGGUGUGCUAAAGAGUUGUUUUUAGGUAUUGAGACGGGUAUUGACGUGGGAGGGGAAGGACAUCCCGUUGGUGAUGGGUCCGCCGGGCUGGUGUGGAAGAAGACGCAUAGAGGGCAGAGGGGGAGAGGGAGGAAAGGCAAGAAGGGCAAGGGCAUUGAAUGAGGAUAGCGCCCUAGUCAAGGCAAGACGGUCCAUAACUCGAAGAUGAAUGGGGUCGAGGACGAGGAGCAAACUCAAAAAGAGGAACACCAUGCCGCACCUCAAGGCAAGGCAAGACAUGAUGGGUGGUUACGUUCACAAGAUGGAUGUGCCGCGGCUUCGUACCAGUGUUGGCGAACACGCUAAUCACCAUUGAGGAACAGAAUCGAU